GCUGACUUUAGUUAGAACAGAACAGUAAAUUUGUAAAACUCGAUGCAGUCCAAUUCUAGCUGCAUGCGCUGCGCUGGCAGCGAGCACAAGAAAAAUCAACAUAAGUAGUAAACAAUCCAAUCUCGUGACGAAGCAACAAUGCGAUAUCGUGCAAAAGAUUAUACAGUUUCCAGUCUAUGGGCGAUGACCAAUUUCUGCGAUGACCAAUUUUUGCGAUCUAUCUUGAUAAAAAAGUGAUAGUGCGGCUCAUACUAUGCGAUACUGCAUAAGAUAGCUCAGUAAGAUGCAGCCAAGUCGAGCCUGCAGCAGUCAUUUGUGAUUUUGUGAUUUUUGUUUUGUUUUGUGAUCCGUCAAAUCGCGAAAAGUUUCUUCAAAAAUUAUUUUCCCCACAACUCUUCUUCUCUCAGAAAAAAAGUCGCAAAAUGAAAAGCAGCAUAAAAGCGAUUAAAUUCGCUGCGAUUGGUUCUAAUUGCCAGAAUAAUAUAAAGGAUAUUUGACAUCAAGAUACUCAUCAGUGAUAAAAAAUGGUUGACUGAAGUUAAUAAUAAAGACUAUUGUGAUCUGUCUCGCCGUCUGAUUGACGGAUGUCUGAUUAAUUCUGCUGAUAUACGCGGAUCGACCUACAAAUAUUGUAUUCACAACUAUUAAUAACUAAAUAACUAUUAGUUUCAAUAUGGACUGGUACAAGAAACUUUACCGGAAAAAAAUGGCGAAUCUCUUACCACUGCUUUGGAAAACUUUGAAACGUUGAUUAUUCACUCGAACUUACUUUAAUUGUUGAUUACAGAGCUCAUUUAUUUCGUGGUGAUUCCCUUGAAAAUUUUGAGGAGAGAAGAGCUCGAUGGAGAAGCAUUUAUGUCAUCUAUUUUACAAUGUUUCUUAUGUCUUUGGGAUUCAGUAUUGUACUGACUGGCAUAUAUGAUUAUUUACAAAAGAAGUUAGAAUCACCUGGAGUUGAGUUUAUGGGAUUUGUGGUGGCAGCAAAUCCCCUGGGACAGAUGAUAUUCUCCCCAUUAGUCGGUUGGUGGGGUAAUAAAUUAGGUUCGAUAAGAUUACCUCUUUUGCUUACAUUGGCACUUUUCGCUUUUGCUUCUGGACUCUACAGUGUCCUGGAAAUUCUUCCAGCAGAGAGCAGGAAAUCUUGCAUACUCAUCGCUCGUUUUUUGGUCGGAGUAAGUUCUGCGAACAUUGCAGUCGCAAGAUCUUAUCUCUCAGCUGCCACGAGAUUUUCAGAAAGGACCCAGGCUGUGUCUAUGGUGUCCCUUGCACAGGUAUUGGGUUUUGUGGUUGGACCAGCAAUACAAGCAGCGGUGACAUUUUUGGGAUCUGAUGGUGUUUCUUUGUUUGGUCUACCCAUUAAUAUGUACACUUCAGUUGGGUGGAUCAAUGUACUUAUGGGAAUACUUAAUUUCAUUCUUUUCCUUCCCUGGAAUUUUUCUGAACAUAGAAUCGCUGCUCGAGAGGCGAUGAAAGAAAAUUGCAAAGCUACUGAAGAAGAAACUUGGAAAUCAUCCAAACCUGACUACUUAGCAGCUUGGACGUUGAUAUGUGCCUUCUCUGUUUUGGUUUUUAAUUUUGUCCUUAUUGAAACACUUGGCAGUUCAUUGACAAUGAACCAAUUUGCUUGGACAGGACGAGAAGCUAUGUACUAUAUGGGUAUUAUGAUGAGUGUUGGAGCUGUUUUAGCUUGUAUAGUGUUUCUUUUAAUUGGACCCAUAUGCAAAAGAAUUUCAGAAAUAAAGGUAAUGAUGUGGGGUGGAUUCUUUUUCAUGGUACUUGGGAGACUAGCCAUGAUUCCAUGGGGAACUGAUCCUCCAGUAAUUGCUGAAUAUGGAAAAUAUGGAAAUGAAACGAAAUUCAGCAAUGGGACCGAAAAAGUAGGAUGUCCAAGUAUUCAAGAAUGGUGUAGAUACACACCACAAAUGACGAUCAUCCAAUACCUAAUUGGCUACAGUUUCACAACCAUGGGGUAUCCUUUAGGUGUCACAUUAGCUCAAACUAUCUUUAGUAAAAUAUUGGGACCCCGUCCUCAGGGUCUGUGGAUGGGCCUCAUGACAGGUGGUGGGUGUGCUGCCAGAGUUUUGGGACCUGUUUUCGUAGGCGUUAUCUACAAUCGUUUUGGCACUUAUCACACUUUUGGUGUCACUGGAGCAACCCUAGUUUUGUGUAUGGUAUGGAUGCAAAUUGUAGAUAAGCGACUUAUACCCUCGAAGGAAAUAGAAAAUGCUACCAAAAAUCUUGCUGAUCCUGAAGGUAAAAUAGAUAUCGAACUGCCUUUGAUUCAUGUGAAAUCAGAACAUUUACAGAAUCAACAGAAAGAUAUAGAAAAUGUCCCUUUGAGUGAGAAUAAUGCAAGAAGUUUAGGAGAUUAAAUGGUAUGCUUCUUUUUUUAAAGAAAUUUUUUUUUAUAGAAUUGGAUCCAGAAAUUGCGAAUUUUGAGCGGAUUUUAUUAGUUUGAUUAUAUUCUAAUAAUGAUAGAAACAGGUGUUCUUACUUUAUUUAUUAUUAUUUUAUUAUCAGAUCGAUUUCCAAUUAUUUUUAUAUUUAUACUACCAACGGAAAGCAACGGACCACUAACUGGGCGAUCUAUUCAAAUUAGCCUUGACUUUAAAGGUAAUAUCGCUGUUCCGAAUAUAGAUGAUAAUAUUUUCAAACAAUUAUUCAAAAGCUUAUUAAAUUUUGCGUCAAAUGAUCCCUAACGGAAGUAAUUAAACCUGGUGUGUAUUCAAUUAUCACAUGAGAAAGACAAAAAUAAAAUUCUGAUUUUUACAGAAUUUUGUACUUCAAUGGUAAUAUAUUUUAAGUUUAGCACGCUCGCACACAUAUAUUUGUUAUAAACCCUUGAAUAUUUUUAAAUGUCCUGCCAAGAGUUGAGCUAGAAAUACAAAAUUCCUCAAAAAUCGAAAUUUAAUUUUUGUUUUUCUAACAGUUUAAAAAAAUAGUUGUAUCCACGUUCUGGACGGCGCUAUCGCCUUUCAAAGUCAAAGCCAAUCUGCAACCAGCUAAUUGGUCCAUUACUAUUCGUCGGUAGUGCAAAAUAAAAUUAUUUUGUUAUAAAUUCCUUUCAAUUUCUGGAAGUGGUAAAAAAUGUAUCUAAAAGAAAUUUUGAAAAAAAUUGUUCUUCAAGUAUUAUAUUUAGAUUCUUGUCAAUUACAAGAAAUUAUCUAGUUACUUGUUGAAAAAUGACUGAAUAAUUGCUCAAAUAUUGAAUUCUCCACGAAAAAGACGAAUAUAUAAAAUAAGGAUAUAGUUAAAUUAUGUUUUUUUAAAUGAGUAAAAUAAGAUUUCAUCAAAUUGUGAAAAAAAUGUCACAUGAAAUGUCACCAAUGUCCAUUGUUUAAAAUAUGUUAUAUUUUUUAUAAUCGUGAACUAUAAUAAUCUGAAAUUCUCUUAUAUAGUCUAUCUUUACAGGGUUUUUGAGAUUACUUUUCAUCACUAAGCUAUGUAAAUA